AUGGCGGGCCGUGCUGCGACCACCCGCGCGGGCAUCUCCCUCGGAGAGCAGCUCGGGCAGGCACUGAUCAGCCAAGAGCACACGGACAUCACUGUUACCGUCGAGGGCCGCGGUUUCCGCCUCCACCGUUUCAUCCUGCAGGUCCGGAGCCCCUUCUUCGACGCAUUGUUGCGCGGAGGCUGGAAGGACAGAGAGGACGCCUCCAUCCAGGGUUGGACGGCCCAGGCCUUCGAGCGUUUUUUGCCGUUCCUCUACUCGGACACGCUGCCGAGGCCAGCGUUUGAGGACUGGAGUUUUGCGGACUGGCGCGAGGUGAUCGGCCUCAGCCGCUUCCUGCAGGUGGAUGGCUUCACGAAGUACCUCGGCGAAGAGGACGAGCCCUGCUGCCCGCCUGCCUGCCCGACCCUACGUCCUCGCUGGACCUACCAGCUUGACAGGAAGAUUCCGAGGGAGGCGCUCCGGCUUGCCUACGAGGCCGCUCGUGACAGGGCAGGGUCACCGUUCCGGCAUUUCUGCUCGACGCGCUGA